AGACGCCCACCGUUUUCCACUGACGAAAAGCAGCACCGCUGAGCAGGCUGGAAUCAGACAAGAGGAAGCGUUCAGCUGCUGUGGUUCUCAUUCAGCUGUGAGACAAAAAGCAAGCGCUCUAGGGUCUAGACUAUGCAUGGAUAAGCGCAGUUCCGCGGACUAAAUUACACACACAUUUACGGAUUUCUGGUCUUUUUUAAAUUAAUGGUGAACGGAUCGACGAACUCUUGCAGACAGUCCAGCCACCUCGGAAGCGCCAUGAGCAGGCCACUCAAGAGGAAGUUUGAGGAGGUGGACGAGGACCCCUGCUACUCGUCGGCUUCGCCCUCGUCCCUCUCCUCCUCCGCCUUCUCGGAGUGGGAGUCCGAUGGGGACAGCUGCUACUCCGACACCCUGGACUCCAGGCCCAGCAACCCCAGUUCCCCAGCGCCAGCCCUUCCCACCUCGUCCAUCCUGAAGACGGGGAAGCGGGCGCGGCGGCCGCGGCCGGACGGCGUGCACUUCGACAGCGUGACGGUCUUCUUCUUCCCGCGGUGCCAGGGCUUCACCAGCGUGCCCAGCCGCGGCGGCUGCACCCUGGGCAUGGACCGCCGGCACAGCGCCCUGCGCCGCUACACGCUGGCCGAGUUCGCCGUGGCGCAGCGCCAGCUCCGCCGCGAGAAGUUGCGCCAGCGGCUGCGCGAGGAGAAGCUGGAGGCCCUGAGGCUGAAGCUGACCAAUAACGGCACCCGGGAGUCGGAGGAGGCCAAGCGGCUGACGGUGGACGACAUCCCGGAGGAGGAGGUGGACAUCAGCGGGGUGGACCUGGACGACGGCUCCUUCCUGCACCCCUACCCCUCCAAGCAGAGGCACGCCCUGCUCAAGGCCGCCGGCAUCAAGAAGGUGGACAAGGAGGAGAAGAGGCAGCUGCACCAGAUCCGCCUGUCGCGGGAGGACUGCGGCUGCGACUGCCAGGGCUUCUGCGAGCCCGACACCUGCGCCUGCAGCCUGGCCGGCAUCAAGUGCCAGAUGGACCACUCCUCGUUCCCCUGCGGCUGCACGAAGGACGGCUGCGGCAACACGGAGGGGCGCAUCGAGUUCAACUCCAGCCGCGUGCAGACGCACUACAUCCACACCAUCAUGAAGCUGGAGCUGGAGAAGAGGCUGGAGGAGAGCUCCACCGCCGCGGAGGAGGAGCAGGAGGAGGUGGAGGAGGAGCAGGAGCCGGAGGCGGCCCCUCCUCCCACGCCCUCCUUCCACUUCAGCCCGCAGCUGGCGUCGGCGGGAGAGAGCAGCUGCUGCAGCGACACCACGGACUCGUCCAGCUCCUCGGGGCAGAGCGAGGACUCGGAGCCCCGCCCCGGCGGGGCCACGCUGGACGUGGACGACGACGGGCUGGCGCGCAUCCUGAGCCUGAGCGCGGCCGACAGCGAGGACGGCGACCCCAGCGCCGACGCCCGGGGCCCCGCCAUCUCCUCGUACCUGGACGAGAACGCCAACCAGGCCGCCGCCCUGUUCCACGGCUGCCCCCUGCAGGACUUCCCCAACACGCCCUCCCCGUCCGUGGAGCCCUCGGCCCGGAGCUACAUGGACCUGAGCCUCUCCUCCGACUCGGACCUGGAGUUCUUCGGCAGCUUCCCCGACUACGGCCCCAGCGCCCUCUACAGCUCGCUGAAGGACUACGACCACCUGGACAAUUUCUUCCACUUCCAGCUGCCCAGCUACCCCAGCCUCUCGUACUCCAGCGAGACCGGCACCUGCCUCCUGGAGUCCCUGAUUGGCCUGUCCGAAUCCGUCCCAGAACCCCCCGCCACCUUUACGGACAAUCAGCUGCUGGAAGAAGCCAUUAAGUCGUGAGGGUUUAGCUGAGCGAAGCGCGGCGGGAUAGCGGGAACUCGCGCACGUUUUACACAUUUUAAGUGUGAAACGUUUCGGUUUAAAGCAAAGGGUUUUUUUUCUCUGACUUUCGUCUGGAAGUCGGUGAGAUUGCAGCCGCCCUUUCGAACAGGUCCAUUGUUAAUACGCAGCGUAGAGGCUGACAUCUAAAUGUGACCCAGGUCCGCAGAGAGUUACUCAUGUACUCAGCACCAUCCUAUGCCUCCCUUCAGUAGCAACGCAUCCCCCUCUUUCAGAAACUGCCACUUUAUUUAUGUCAUCGUACCUUAUUUAAUUAUUUCUCGCUGAUGUGGGUCAUGAUGAGCUAUCAUUGUGUGUGCACCUCAGGGACUUCCUUUGAGCCUCCCGUGCGGUGCGUUGUGACCAUUGCUGAAGUGUCAAAUCUGGAGCCCCAGAAUUCACCGCAGUGUCUCUGACCCUCUGCAUCCUAGCAAACUGAAGGGAUUGUCCAUUUAAUUUCUCAUUAAAACUGGAUAAGCACUUGUUCAUAGCACAGCCAAACUCAUAACUCCCUAUUAUUAUUAUUUGAGUCCCUUGAAAUGACUUUGCUUAUCACACUUGCAACUAUUGACUGUGGAACUAAGCUAAAGAGUUCAUCUGAAGCCAUGAUAUUUGGUACUACGUUUGUAUGUCCUUGGGUCAACAGCUAAAAAGGUUUAUAUUAGACACUAUCCUGAGCAUUUAAGUUAUUACCGGCAGUCAAGCUCAUUACAGCCAUAUUUCACAUUAUGAAUUUGAUUACUAUUGUAAUGGCUCCAGUGUAUUACACAAUGUUCUGUUCUAAUUUAUUUUGUAGCUGUAUUUAUUUUUUUCAAAUGCCACACUUCGAAAAAGUAGCACUGGCUUAACGUUCUGGACCUGAAAGUGCAAUUUGCUUCUCAGCACCUCAAUGCCAAGAAUAAACGCAGCUCGUGUUUACCAGGUUUAAAAAAAAAAUGGGGAGAAAAUCCUGGUGUUUAACUUCAAGGGAGGGGCCUGGUUUUUUUCUACUAGUGAAAAACUGAUGAAAGUUCCAUUGGUUCAAAACAUUAGAGAGACUGUAUCUAUGAACCUAUUCUAUUUUUACAGUUUGGAGGGGGGAGGGGGAGGGGGAACAUUUCAUAAGUUAUUUAUCAUUUAUUAUUUCAUUAUUAUUUAAUUUAUUGUAUACAAUAAGAAAUGUGGUCAUUUGUCAGGAAGUGACCUGAUGUGCCUGUUAUGCAGAGUGGCCAUAUGUAUCAGUCCAGCGCAAACAAAGGGCCUUGUUUAGCUGCCGCACUGACAUAUUUGCAGCCUACCUAUUUGAUAAAUCAAAAUGAAUGGGUCUAUUGCAUUAUUGUGUAAAAGAAAUGUAUAUAGAUACUCUAAUUUUUAUAACUAAAUUAACUAAAUUGUGUACAUUGACGCAAUAAUUAAAAUCUGUGUUACAGACAGAAAUUAUUUUGGUAGGAAAUAAGAAAUAUUUACAUUUUUUUCAAAUUUUGAAAUAUUUGUAACAUAUUAGAUUAUAUACAUUAUAGUAAGAGAAGCCAUUGCAGUCAAGCACUGGUGGGCUUUUGGGGAUUUUGUAUGGUGAAAAGCAGAUUAUUUAAAUUUAACUUUUAUUUUGACAGUUUAAAUCCAUAAACUCAAAUUAAAAUUGGUAUUGGAUUCAAAUGUAAGGGUAGUAAUUGAGUCAUUUAUUUCCGUGUUUUGAAAGAAAUCUACCUUCCAGUUGUCACAUUUUCAGUUAUCAAAAUUGUAACAAGAGUAUCUAUUCUAGCAAGGCAAUAAUGCUGUACUGUUCUUUAGGAUGGGUUCAGACAGGCCACUACAUAUCUAGCUACAGCUAUAGGAAUUAUGUGUUCACAGGCCCUUACAAAAAUGCUGAUGUAUUUAUAUUGUCCUGAGUUUCUCUGCAUAAUUCAUUUUCAGGAAUGCAAAAUAGACCAUUGGGAAAAAAUGGCACAAAUUUUACUUGGCCUUCAUGCAUUUUCUUUGUUUUUUUUAAUUUAAUUUAUUUUCUCGUGCCAGUAAGAAGGUACUGAGUUUUGUAAAUAAACAUUUUUUUUCUUGUACAAAUCCACUGCUCGUUUUGAGGAAAUGCUAAUUCUGGGUAUUUAUUAAUGUAUUCUAUAAUUAUUGUAUGUAUUGGUCUGAGGCUUUUCUCCUUAGAUUUCAUACCUUUGCCUCUGAUUUUGUGUACAUUUAUAUUUUUUUGUUUAAAUGGUACAGCCGAGGAAAGAAUGCUGCUUUAUUUUUACAUCUUCAUUGCAAACAAGCUGUUUAUAAACGCUGUUUUCAUUUCAUUCAAGCAAUACCACAUUUCUAUCACUUCAAAUAAAUGUUCAACAUUUGUUAAA